AUGUCGUCUCGAACAAGCGAAUUUGAUAUGCAAGUCUUAAUAAAUUUCUAUCGCCUAUUUCAUCCGUCGGAAAUUUCUUUUAUUCUUGAUUUAAAUGUUCGAUUGUCAAAACUGGAUCCAACUCGUAUUAACUUCAUAACUGAAAAUCUACGGCAAAUCUUCAAUACACAGCAUAAUGAAUCCGAUGUUCGUGCUCUUAUUUCAUUUUUCUCGAACCCACAUAAUACACCACAAAUAAAACCUACCUUUAAUUUGGACAGUAUAUUACUGUCACAUGCACAAGCUCAUCCCAUCGAGCCAUUUACGGAACAAUGUCCACUAUGUAAUUGUACUUUAAAUAGUGAUCAUGUUUAUAAGAAAAAUGUUUUCAUAUACAAAAAUAACGGUCAAGUUAUAAAAGGUGUGGUUCAUUAUCUACAAUGUGAUCAUUCAAACAAUCAUAAAAAAAAUGUUAAUGGUCCUAUUCGUAUUUAUCCAAAUUAUAUUCAAGAAAAAAAUAUAAGAAAUUACACAUCACUAAGUAUUCAGCAUGGUCUUUAUAUUUAUUUAGGAGGAGAUUAUGCAUGUGAAAGAGAGCUUGUUGAACGAUAUACUUCUGAUCUUGUUUCAACACCGCAUUCCUGGCAAAAGCAAGCAGAUAGUCUUAAUAAUCUUGCCUUUAGCACUGCUCGAUCUCAAGCAACUCCAUUCAACAUGCGUCGUUUUUCACAAUUAGUAUUUACCUAUAAAAUUAUAGAAAUGGAUCUAUGUUUGGGCAGCACAAAUGUCGCUACUCCAAAAGACAUUGAUGAAUUUGAUCUAUGGGCAUGGUCUGAAUAUCCUCGUCUUUUAUCACGGUUCAUUUAUUUAUGGUCAAAUCAUAGAACACUUAUUGGUGCUUGCAAUAUCCCUGGUGAUAAAUGUUCAGCUUGUUUCACUAUAGAUGGUCACCAAAAAGCACGAAGACGAGUUUGUCGUUCAAAACAAGUGAAUUUCAAAAGCAGUGACUUCAGUGAACCUUUAGUUAUUGGAUGUUGGAGAACUCCUAUUCGUAAUUCACUAUAUUGUGAAUUACACCAAAAUGAUGAAAAAUUAACUAAAGCACCAAGAACUAAUCAAAAACAUACUCAUGCCAUGAAAUUACGUAACUCACGACAAUGGCAACGACAAAAAAAAUUUUUUUUUGGUGCCACUAAUUGUAGCACAACCAAGGCCAGAUCAGAAUCGUAUAUUAAUAAAUGUUCUCGCUCAUUUGGACUUUUAGCAAUGGUAACAAACUGUAGAGUAAUUAUAAGCUUUUCUGAAAUCUUCAGAAGCGAGACGUUACGAGAAAUUAUUCAGUUAUUAAUAAAUACAAUACGAAUUAGUGAUAAUGCUUUACCAAAAAUAGCGUGUUAUGAUGAUGGUUGUCAUCUCGUCCGGUUUGUACAGAGGCACGUUGGGAAGCUUAUUACUGAUACACCAGCUUCAAAUACACUUAAAAAUACUAAGUUUUAUAUUGAUAAAGCCCAUUGGAAAAAUCACGUUGGAACCUGGUGCAAAGAAAAUAUGUCUCCAUAUGCAACUUCAGAUUUGAAUAUGAUCAAUACUCAAUCGGCUGAACAAUUAUUUUCUUGGUUGAAACGCUACGCACCCAUCAUUAGUAGUCUUGGUUGGCUGAAAGCACCUUUAUAUCUUCUAGUGCUUUUUCAUUAUAAAAAUUUAUGGACUUGUAAAGUACGCCCUACAAGGCAUUUUGACAUUGCAAAUAUGGUGCCUGAUUCAGCAACUAUUAGUCUUCCACAUGCGGCUAAUACACUUCGAACAACGUCUGCUGUAUCAUCUAGUAAUAGUGAUGGUUAUCUUUCUCAAGCAGCAACUACAAAACAUGAUCCUUCAUCACAUACAGUAAAUGAAAAUAAAUGGGCACAAAUGUCAAAAGAAAUACAAUUUAAUAACCGUUCAUCAUCUGAAAAUUUUAUUUCGAAUACUACGAGUAAUGUUGAUAAUAAGUGGGCAACAAUCAUUCAUGCUGUUGAUUCAACACAACAACAAAAAAGUAAAAGAGACCGAUCACCAAAUAUCAUAAAUAAAUGGGCUACACAAGCAGAGCAAUUAGCUAAAAGACAAAAACACUAA